AUGUUGUCGAGAUAUGUUUCAAGCUCAUAUAGAUGUUGCACAUUGGCACUUCGAUCAACUGCAUCAUCAACAUCAUCAUUAUACUCUGUGAAUAAGAGAUCAUUUGCAUCAACUGCAGCUGCAACACUCGAUGUUACUGCAGCACAGGAGGAGUCUCAAGCAGUAGCAGCAACAACAACCGAUAUAUCAAAUACAAACAACAAUAAUAUAGAUAAUAAUACAACACAACAGACACUAUCGAACUUUAGUCAGUCACUGCACAGGUCAACCACCGAGCAAUAUGGAGGCAUCUUCCCACAUGCUGACAACCAAAGACCUCAAUCGAUCGAGGAACUCAUCCUCACAUUCGUCGACCCCUACGCAAGGCCCGCUCCCAAGCAGCCAUACUACCGUUUCACCGAGCCAAGAGAUGGAUACACUGUCGAGACAUUCUUGAAGAAGAUUGGAAGAGGAUGCGAUGCCUUUGUAGAGAAGUUCCCAACUUGGGAGGAUCUGAUGACUUCUAACUCAAAGAAGAUGAAGCACGAGAUGCAGAUACCCGUGCAGAACAGAAAGUGGAUCCUCCACUGGGUCGAGCAGUGGAAGCAGGGAAGAAACCCAGUGCUGAUCUCCAAGUCCAAGUCCAUCGCCAAGAAGAACACAAAGAAGUAA